AUGGGUAUUGACUUCACAGUUUUCAAAGGCUCGAAGUCCGGAGAGAUAGUCGAGGCCAAAGGGCAUCGCGACGUCGGACCGAGAGAAGCCUUGGUCGAACUUACUCACUCUGGAGUCUGUGGCACUGACGAGCACUACCGACACUACGACCAAGGUCUAGGUCAUGAAGGUGCCGGCAUCAUCCGCGAGAUCGGGUCGAUGGUGCCUGAGAUAUCGGAUCUGAAAGUCGGCGACCGUGUUGGCAUGGGAUGGAUGCAGAAGUUCUGCCUGCACUGCAAACCCUGUUUGACCGGACAACACUUCAAGUGCGAAAACUCUCAGCAAUUCGGCACAGCGAACUGGGAUGAAGGCUGCUUUGGCACAGGCAUCGCUUGGGACGUGUCGGCCCUGUUCAAGAUUCCUGAUCAGAUUGAUCCUGCGUCGGCCGGACCAUUGAUGUGUGGCGGGGCCACGGUCUGGGGUCCGCUCUACGAGAAUGGCUUCAAGGCUGGAGAUAGAGUGGGAAUUCUAGGAAUAGGCGGGCUCGGGCAUUUGGCGAUUCAGUUCGUCAACAAGAUGGGAAUGGAGGCUGUCGUUUUCUCUGGAACGGAGUCGAAGAAGGAAGAAGCAUUCAAACUCGGCGCUGCAGAGUUCUAUGCCACGAAGGGCGUGACAAAGUUCGAAGGCAUCCAGCCAGUCGAUUGCUUGCUCAUCACGACGAGCGUCCUUCCAGAUCUGUCUCUGUACAUCCCUGUGCUGGCUCCGUUUGCUAAGAUCUUCCCACUUACCAUCACCUUCGAUGCAAUGCCUGUACCAGUGCUUCCGCUGGUGAUGUACGGGUACAGCAUUGUCGGCUCAGGUGGUGCUCAUCCUCAGUCGAUCAAAGCCAUGUUAUCGUUUGCCGCCAAACAUGAUAUCAAGCCGAUCCUGGAGAAGUUUCCAAUGACCAAAGAGGGAAUCACUGAAGCCAUGAAGAAGCUCAAUGAUGGGAAGAUGAGGUACAGGGGUGUAGUAGAGGUGCAAUAA